AUGUUUUUGUUCGCCUACUGCACCCCUGACUACGACGAGCUCAACGUGUGGCGCGAGAAAGAUGGCCGCGUCACCUUCUACCUGAGCGGCGAUGGCGCUUUCUUCCACCUGCCGCCCAUCACCUUCAGAACAAGUCUCUGCCUCACCUGGGAGUCCCGGACCGGGCUGGCUGCCUUCUGGGUGGAUGGCCGCCGCAGUACCUACCAGGUGUACAAGCCGGGCCACACUAUCCGGCCCAAGGGGACCGUCCUCUUGGGGCAAGAUGCGGACAAACACCUUGGAGACCUGGAGGCUUUGCAGAGCUUUGUGGGGGAGGUGACCGACCUCAACAUGUGGGACUAUGUCUUGCCGAGGAGACAGAUCCAAGCCCUGCAUUACGGACAUAAGAUAACCAAGGGAAACAUCUUUGACUGGGCCACCAUUGAGUACCAGCUGAACGGGAAUGUGAUGGUGGUGGAUGAUGACUGACUCGGAGUGGAAUCGCGAACAAAUGUGGAUGUGAUCCAUUUGUGUGUCUGUGCCGGACUUCUAAUUACCUUUUUGUUUAGUUUGGUCUUCUAGAUUUAGUCACCUUCACACCUUAUGUAGUCAAUGAACUAUGCUCACUCACAAAAUAUCAGUGGUUCAUAAGAAAUUAUUGACUUACAUUUUGUGAGCAUUAAAUAGUCUAUGCAGAUCAAAACCAGUUGAUUCCUAAAGAUCCUUCACCAGGCAGGCACAUGUAUAGCACUACCCUCUUUCAACACAAUUAUUCUUUAGAAAUUCACUAUUUAUAGGAUGGAUACAGUAUGUCCAUUCACCUACUGCAUGGAUGGUGAGAUUAACCAUAUUUGAUAAGCAUUGCAGUCAUUAUGUUAACUUAUGGAACAAGAUGUGAAAAUGUGGUAACUAUUAUUUCACAGUAGAAGUUUAUUGGUCGCCUCUUGCAACCUGCUAAUUAUCAUAAAUGUUCAGUACAAUUUACGUACAGUAUGAAAAUUAAGCUGUUAUUUAGUUACAGAGCUUAUGUAUUUGUUUCUCUCAGCAUGAUUUUCUUUUUUAUGUGGCCUUGUAUGCCAGGCUCCUAGGGAUUUAUACAUUUGUCACGUGGCUGGUGAGCACUAAUUUCAAUGGAAUUAAUUGUUGAUGUACCCGAAUUAACCACAGGGUGGCAGUAUAUGCUAGUCUUUAUUCAGUGAGCAACGAAUAA